UCUUCAGAUCCCCUCCUCUUCCUACUUCCCACGCGCCAUCAACUUCCUUCCUCUCCCUUCCACCUUUGCCUCAUCCUCAUCCUCAACCCUCAGCCUUCAACCUCCGUCUCCCGCCCUCCCCACUCUACCCUUCCUCCUCUUUCUUUCUCUCUACCCAGCUUCCUCCAUCCCAACCAACCUAUAGUCAUGUAUAGAAUCACUCCUCAGCUGUCAGAAAAGAUCAAGCACUUUGCGACCUUCCCCCAGACAGGUGUCUCAUUAAGACAGAUGGUUAUGUUCGGUCAGAACCCAACUCAGGGAACACUCUUCAAGGCCAGCCAAUUCUUGUCGGAGGAGCUACCCAUCCGUCUCGCUCAUAGGGUAAAGGAACUGGAGAAUCUGCCCUACAAUCUCAGCGACAUGCCCUCGAUCAUCCGUGUCAAGAACUGGUAUGCCCAGUCCUUCCAGGACAUCGUAGAGUUUCCUAGCAAGGAAAUGACUCCUGUGCUAAAGGAUAUAACCCGCACCAUGAACAAGCAGACUGACAUGCAGACCCUUCCUGAGAAUUCUCCCAAUCUGGCUAUGCCCAAUGGCGGGAGUCAGAACGGUCGCAGGGCCGUGUCAUUAUCGCACAGAUACCACAGCGCUAUGGAUGGAGCCGAGUGGCCUGUAGAGAUGCACUCUUAUAACGAAAAGUUUACAAGGAUGAUCGAGGCUGUGAAGCGCAGACAUGACCCUGUCGUCACUACUGUCGCACAAGGCAUUCUCGAGUUCAAACAGCAAAAGAAUCUUCAUAUUGUUGACACAGAUGUCCAGGCAUUCUUGGACCGAUUUUAUAUGUCGCGUAUCGGUAUCCGCAUGCUGAUCGGCCAACACAUUGCCCUAAACAAAGGACCCUCCCGCAAGGACUAUGUAGGCAUCAUUUGCACAAGAACCAACUUGGCGGACAUGGCACAGGAGGCAAUUGACAAUGCGAAAUUCAUCUGCGAGGACUAUUACGGACUUUUCCGAGGACCGGAGGUUCAUUUGCAUUGCAAAAAGGACCUUGAGUUCAUGUAUGUGCCCUCUCACUUGAGCCACAUGCUGUUUGAGCUGCUCAAGAAUUCUCUGCGAGCUGUAGUGGAGCAAUACGGAACAGAGUGCGACGAAUACCCACCCAUCAAAUUGAUUGUGGCGCAAGGAAAGGAGGAUAUUGCGAUCAAGAUCUCAGAUGAGGGCGGUGGAAUCCCCAGGAGUGGUGUUCCGCUGGUGUGGACAUACAUGUAUACUACUGCACCUUCACAGCAUCUGGAUCCGACUUUUGACAAGUCUGACUUUAAGGCUCCCAUGGCCGGAUUCGGAUACGGUCUCCCCAUCAGUAGACUGUACGCAAGAUAUUUCGGUGGCGACCUGAAGCUGAUCUCCAUGGAAGGAUAUGGUACGGAUGUGUAUCUCCACUUGAACAGGAUCUCCAACAGUGACGAGCCCCUGCCUUAAAUACCAUUCAUGGGGCUCAAUUGCUUCAACUACAGCUAGAUACAAUUAUGAUAUCCACAAGAAUGAUAAACAGUUGGGUUGAUCUGUGGAACGGAAUCGUUGGAUGGCAACCUUCCAGUCACAUAUUUGCAG